AUGUCAACAAAAAGUUUAAAACGUGAACGUUCCGCCACGGCCGCUACACAACCAUCAUCGAUGUCAUCCUCCAAUUAUUCGAUACCCUAUACAAUUUUCAUUUAUCGCCAAGAACUGCGUAAGGGUCGUGACGAAUUUAUGCGCCUCUCCAAGGUUAAACUGCAUCUCACCGAUAAUUUGAUUGUGAAUACGAUACAAAAUAUCACCAAGUACGAUGUGGCCGAAGUGAUAAAUAUCAACGAACAAAUGCAGUACAAAAAGCGGCUAUUCUCGAAAAUGUACAAAAUCCGCAAACUGGAGAAGAUGGGUUUGAAACACAUCGAUCCAAAUCAAAUAAGUGAUGAAUUUUAG